CGCCAUCUUUUAGUUGUCAAAUUACCGUAGAAUAAAACGGAGUAAAAGUGCUUCUACAUAGCAUACAGUAAAUUUGUGUAUGACUAAUAUAAAAAUCAUUUUAUACUGUGACUCAUUUUUGUGAUUUACACGUUUCAUAUAAUUAUUUUACCUUACGAGGUACUCGUUUAGCUCUAAUUAAAGCGGUGUGAUAUUCACCCGUUGGAGCCAUGAGUUACCAAAUGCCAAUCAAUUCAUCUCGACCAGGGUCUCAUGGUAAUUACCAGGGACUUGGAGAUUUACCAAUGGGUUCAGCAAAAGAACAAACACUGUUAUGGCAACAAGGCUCAUACAUGGGAGAUUCAGGAAUUCAUUCUGGUGUUGCAACAACAGCAGCAUCAUUAUCAGGAAAAGAAGAAGAAGAUAUGGAUAGUGAACAAAUGAUGAUACUAUCAUUGGAUGGUCUUAAUCAAAAUUUUACACAAGAUCAAGUUGAUGAAAUGAAUUCACAACUUAGUCAAACACGUACUGAUCGUGUACGUGCUGCAAUGUUUCCUGAAACAUUAGAAGAAGGUACACCAAUACCAUCAACACAAUUUGAUUCAUCACAACCAACAGCUGUACAAAGACUUGCUGAACCAAGUCAAAUGCUUAAACAUGCUGUUGUUAAUUUAAUAAAUUAUCAAGAUGAUGCUGAUUUAGCAACACGUGCUAUUCCAGAAUUAAUAAAAUUACUUAAUGAUGAAGAUCAAGUUAUUGUAUCACAAGCAGCAAUGAUGGUACAUCAAUUAUCAAAAAAAGAAGCAUCACGUCAUGCUAUUAUGAAUAGUGCACAAAUGGUACAAGCAUUGGUACGUGCAAUAUCACACAGUGAUGAUUUAGAAUCAACAAAAGCAGCUGUUGGUACACUUCAUAAUUUGUCACAUCACAGACAAGGAUUAUUGGCAAUAUUUAAAAGUGGUGGAAUACCAGCACUUGUUAAAUUAUUAAGUUCUGGUGUUGAAUCUGUAUUAUUUUAUGCAAUAACAACACUUCAUAAUCUUUUACUUCAUCAAGAUGGUUCUAAAAUGGCUGUUCGUCUUGCUGGUGGUUUACAAAAAAUGGUUGCAUUAUUACAACGUAAUAAUGUCAAAUUUUUGGCAAUUGUUACUGAUUGUCUUCAAAUUCUUGCUUAUGGUAAUCAAGAAAGUAAACUUAUUAUUCUUGCAUCACAAGGACCAAUUGAACUUGUUCGUAUUAUGCGUUCUUAUGAUUAUGAAAAAUUACUUUGGACAACAUCAAGAGUAUUAAAAGUUUUGUCAGUAUGCUCCAGUAAUAAACCAGCAAUUGUUGAAGCUGGUGGUAUGCAAGCACUUGCAAUGCACUUGGGUAAUCCAAGUCAAAGACUUGUCCAAAAUUGUCUUUGGACUUUACGAAAUCUUUCUGAUGCUGGUACAAAAGUUGAUGGACUUGAAGGAUUACUAUCUGGGCUUGUUCAAGUACUUGCUUCUCAAGAUGUCAAUGUUGUUACAUGUGCAGCUGGAAUUCUUUCAAAUUUAACAUGUAAUAAUCAACGCAAUAAGAUAACAGUCUGUCAAGUUGGUGGUGUCGAUGCCCUUGUUCGUACAAUCAUGAACGCUGGUGAUCGUGAAGAAAUAACAGAACCAGCAGUUUGUGCACUUCGUCAUUUGACUUCACGUCAUGUUGAAGCAGAAGUUGCACAAAAUUCAGUGCGUUUAAAUUAUGGUAUUCAGGUUAUUGUAAAACUUCUUCAUCCUCCAUCACGUUGGCCAUUGGUUAAAGCAGUCAUUGGACUUAUUCGUAAUUUAGCACUUUGUCCAGCUAAUCAUGCACCUUUACGUGAACAUGGUGCUAUUCAUCAUCUUGUAAGACUUUUAAUGCGUGCAUUCCAAGAUACAGAAAGGCAAAGAGCAUCAGUUGCAGGUAUGGGAACACAACAAGCUUAUGCUGAUGGUGUUCGUAUGGAAGAAAUUGUUGAAGGCACUGUUGGUGCACUUCAUAUUCUUGCAAGGGAAUCACACAACAGAGCAAUUAUUAGAUCUCAAAAUGUUGUGCCAAUUUUCGUUCAGUUACUAUUCAAUGAGAUUGAAAAUAUACAGCGUGUUGCUGCUGGUGUACUGUGUGAAUUAGCAGCUGACAAAGAAGGUGCAGAAAUGAUUGAACAAGAAGGUGCAACAGCACCACUUACUGAAUUACUACAUUCACGUAAUGAAGGUGUUGCAACUUAUGCUGCUGCAGUACUUUUCCGCAUGAGUGAGGAUAAACCUCAAGAAUACAAAAAACGUCUAUCCAUGGAACUUACCAAUUCACUGUUCCGUGAUGAACCAAAUAUGUGGAAUAAUGGUGAUUUCGCUAUGAAUCAAGAUUUACAGGAUAUGCUCGGUACUGAUCAAGGCUUUGAUGGUAUGUAUGGACAGGGACCCCCUAGUGUACACAGCAGUCAUGGAGGCCGUGGUUAUCAGCCCCAAGCCGGUUAUGACCAGAUACCAAUAGACUCAAUGCAAGGAUUAGAAAUUGGAGGUGGUUCAACAUACGGAGCAAUGGAUGCAAUGGAUAUCGCACAUGAUGGAGAUCUAAGCUUUGAUCAUCUUGAUGAGCUUCCAGUACCACCCCAGGAUAACAACCAAGUUGCUGCUUGGUACGAUACAGAUCUCUAAAAAAAAAAAAUACAAAUUACUAGAAGUUAGAUACUGAUAAACACACUGAUUAUUCGAAAUCAUGAAUUUAUAAUCAUAUUAUUUACAAUUAUGACUUUUUAUAUUGAUAAACUAGUACUGUAACAAUGCAGUAAUUAAGGAAGAAAAAAUCAUAAUUUUAAUGAAGUAAAUUGACAUCAAAAUAAUCGACUGAUUUUUUUAUAAACGAUCAAAAUUAUUAUUCAUUUUUUGAAAUAUUUCCUUCUUUUUUUUUUUUUUGCUAAAAGUAAAUAUUAAAUGCAUUUUUUUAUUUUAUAUUAUUAAAUAUAAUUGUUGAUAGUUUUGUAUUUUUUAUUUUAUCAAUGAACAUAAGUGGUUUUAUAAAAUAAUUUCAAAAUUAUUUGUAAUAUUUUGAAUUUAUAUUUAUCAAUAAAAUGAUCAGUGUCUAGCUUCUUGAUGAAUUAUUAUAAAAUAAAAAUUAUAUAUAAAAAUGAAAUAAAGUAAAGAAUAUUGAAUAAAAAAAUCAAUAAAAGAAAUAAAAAAAUUAUUAAAAAAUAUAAAAAAAAAACCAAAAGAGGAGAAGUAAUUUAAACAAGUAUUAAAUCAUUGUAAUGUGAAUUAUAAAAUAUUUCUUUUCAAAUCCAUUUGUCACUUGAAUGCAUAAUAAAUUAUAAUACUUAAUUAGAUUUUAUAAUUAAUAAAAAACAAAAUAUCAGGAAUUAAUUGGCACUCAUCAAUAUUCAUUUGGAAUUCAAUUUUAAAUGAAUAAAUUUUUUUUAAUUACUGAAUAAUCGAUGGUAAAUAAUUGUCAAUAUUUAAAUCUUGAAUGACACUUUAAAAUAAAAGUGAAUUUAAUUUUAUUCAUAAAAAUUCUUUGACAAUAUUUUCAAGAUGUUUUUUUUCUUUUUUUUAAUUUUUUAUUAAUUGUUCCAUUGGACCAUUUUGAAUCAUAAUGACACGCAGGGUAUCGAGUAAAUUUAUUCUUGCGUUACAGUUGAGAAAAUGACUGAAAAAAAAAACUAAAAUAAAAUUUUUAUUAAAAAAAAAUUGAAUAUUUGUUAUACCGAAAUUCAAAUCGUGUAAUAAUUUUUUUUUUUUAUGUCUAAUGUCCCGUUAAAAUAAUCUUAUAAUAGUAUAGUAAAAAAAAAAGGAUUGGUAUUGUUUUGAGUACCAAACAAAAAGAAAAUUUAACACACCUAAGUAACAGUGUUUUCAUAUAAACAACAGAUAAAAUAACAACUCUGUUUUGAUGAUUGAAUAAACUUAUUUAUACAAUUGUUUCUCUAAAAUAAUAGCGCAGCUUGAGAUCAUUAAGUUAUUACUUAAACAAUCACAUACGUAUAAAUAUAUAAAAUCAUUAUAAAUAUAUAAAUAUAUAUUAAUGGAUUUUUCGCAUUUUACAGGGUAGUAAGUAAAAAAAAAUUCAAAUUUAAUUAAUAAAAAAAAAAUAAAAUGUAUUAAUUUUAUCUAUCAUUAAAUGUAGAUGAUGCAUUAUCGGAUUUACUUGAAUCCGUGGUGCCUUCAAUGUAAUAGUUUUAAUGAACAAGAUAAGAAAAAAAAAAAAAAAACAAACAAA